AUGGAGCGCCCGCUCAACCUCAGCUGCUUCGCCGAUGCGAUGCCGGACACCGGCAACAGGAGCGGGUCCCCUGCCGGCCCCGAGGGCGGCCAGGCCCAUCUCUCCAUCCUCAGCGUGUUGGUGCUCACCCUGUUGGCCAUGCUGGUGGUGGCUACGUUCCUCUGGAACGGGCUGGUCCUGGCCACCAUCCUCCGCGUGCGGAGUUUCCACCGGGUACCCCACAACCUGGUGGCCUCCAUGGCCAUCUCCGACGUGAUGGUGGCAGCGCUCGUCAUGCCCCUCAGCCUGGUGCACGAGUUGUCCGGGCGGCGGUGGCGGCUGGGCAGGUCACUCUGCCAGGUGUGGAUCUCCUUCGAUGUGUUGUGCUGCACCGCCAGCAUCUGGAAUGUCACAGCCAUCGCCCUCGACCGCUACUGGUCCAUCACCCGCCACCUGGAGUACACGCUCCGCACUCGGCGCCGCAUCUCCAACAUCAUGAUUGCCCUCACCUGGGCACUCUCUGCCUUCAUCUCUUUGGCCCCGCUGCUCUUUGGCUGGGGAGAGACUUACUCGGAGGACAGUGAAGAGUGCCAAGUCAGCCAGGAACCUUCCUACACCAUCUUCUCCACCUUUGGGGCCUUCUACCUACCCCUGUGCGUGGUACUCUUUGUGUACUGGAAGAUCUACAAGGCUGCCAAGUUUCGAAUUGGGUCUCGGAAGAGUAACUCCAUCACCCCCAUUACACCAGAAGCCCUGGAGGUAAAAGAAGCUGCCCAGCAGCCGCAGAUGGUCUUCACUGUCCGUCAUGCCACUGUUACAUUCCAGACGGACGGAGACACGUGGAGAGAGCAGAAGGAAAAGAAAGCUGCCCUCAUGGUGGGCAUCCUUAUUGGGGUCUUCGUGCUCUGCUGGAUCCCCUUCUUCAUCACAGAGCUCAUCAACCCACUCUGCUCGUGUGACAUCCCACCCAUUUGGAAGAGCAUUUUUCUAUGGCUGGGCUAUUCAAAUUCCUUUUUUAAUCCACUCAUCUACACUGCUUUCAACAAAAACUACAACAAUGCCUUCAGGAACCUGUUCUUUAGACAGUAGUGAGCAGAAAAAGCUUUCCUGCUGCCCCAGGAAGCUGAUUUCAAGUGUUGAUGAUUCCUGAUAAAUUCCUGAGGAAGUUCAAAGCCACAGAUACUGAGGCGAUGCUAAAAAUGCAUGCCCAUGGGUUGUACGCCCCAGCAACAGUCCUGUUUCCUAGCCAGGCUCUCUAUCCCAGCCUCUAAGUUACUUGCUAUUUCUCCUGCAAGCAGCAUGUAAGAGUUUUUCUGUCCAGCAUCCUUGCUCCAGCGCCCUGCUGUGUUCCUCCCACCUCCCCAGUGACACUCUGUUUGGUGGCAGCGGUGGUGCAGAGGAGUCCACUGUCAAAGACUCGGAUCUGAAAUGCUGGUUUGGCCACUGCUGGUCACUCACAGCAUUAAUCAGCUUUGCCCCAUGAGCAAAGAUAGGACCCUUUAAUGUCAGGAGGUUUUGUGAUUACAUGAAACUACAUAUCUUAUGGCUUGGCUGAAAACGUGGUUUAUGUUGUCUUUCACCCAUAAAGACUGCUAAGUGCUUGUAUUUGGGGAAUAAAACCCCUGGUAAGGGUUAAGGGCAUACUCCAAGUACCAAGCUUCUUCUCACAUACUUUAUGAACAACAAAUUGUGCUAUUCGCUGUUGGAUUCUAUGUAGCAAGGUUUUUAAAAAAAAACCAACAACUUAUUGUGAAAUCUUAAUGCAUGGUGUACUCUGGGAUGAGAGAGAAUGCAUGGGAAACUCACCUCUCGUUCCCCAACUGGUCUGUGUAAGCAUCUGCCUCAGACCUUUAUGUUCAGAAAUACCACCUGUAAAUGUUCAUCCUUGUGCCCAUGUUUCCCAUUCUAAACAAUAAAUGUAUUUUGAGCAGCUGCGGGCAGGUUUCCUGUAGUUUGAGGGUAUACAAGGAGUAUUUCGAGUUGCCUGUCAAUGAGGAACUAUGUUUUACUAUUUCUGAGUGCAAUCCAGGUCUUCUUGAAAACAAAGCAAAGGCUUUGUUUCCAUGAGCACUGGGUUGCAGGCAAAGGGCAGUUAAUGACUGGUGAUAUUUCUUUCUGGAAGCAUAACAAACCAGGGGGGGGCUCUUCUUCAAGGACCAAACUUGGGUAUUGUUUUGCCCACCUGUUCUUCUCUUCCUGCCCCCUCCCAAGGCUCAGCAUAGUUGUUACUGCUCUUUUGCCUCUCUACCUUUCCACGUUGCCAACAUAAUUACAGUAGUUGACAUUUCAGUCCUAGAAUUAGACUUGCACCCUUUAUACUGCACCUCUGGAAGACUGUCAGGCCUGCAGAUAGAGGAAAGCAUCAGUUCUAACCACGAGUUCUUAUGGGACAGCCACUGAAAUCAGACCUGAACUGAAAUGGUGGAGGAAAAGGCAAGGUGGAAAUCAGAACUACGUGAUUGCAUGUCAGAUAUCCCAAGAAGAAGAGAUAAAAGGGAAAAAUGUCAAUAAAUCAUGGGAAAGCUCCCUGGGGGUGGGUCGUAUUAGCUGCUAUCUUUAGCAGAUCGUGAGACAUCAAAUGUUAAAAUUGUCACUGGUCCUUUAAACCAGACAAAAAUCCGGGCACAGUUGGUGAUAAAAGCCCUUUUUUCCUGUCUCAGGGCAGGUGAAAAUGGAAGCAGAGCUCAAGGUGCUAUUAAGUGUUGCAGCUCUUUCAGGACCAGUUAGACAAACAUCCAUCAGCACUGACAUGGAUGUAGCUGAUCCUGCCUUGCGGCAAGAAGAGAAAUAGGAUGGCCCUUGAGAUCUUUUUCAACGCUAUUUUAUAAAAGUCUGUUAGAAAUAUUAGGUAAAGCCCUGCCCACAUUGAAAGCAGUGGACAAAUUUUUGUUGAUUUCAAGAGAACCAGAAUUUUAUCUAGCAUGUCUUGUAAAAGUAUAGUUUUAGUGUUAAUUAAUUCAAAGAGAAGAUGGUUUGGAUGGGAGUAAUCUGCACUAACCAUGGGCCAAUCUCUUCACAGCUAGUAAAGAGCAUUUUCUUUCUUUGUUACAUAUUUUAAAUUAUUGUUAGUGACAACCCUGAUGUAUCAAAAAUUGUAAUAAACUCCUGAGCUGCUUUUUUCUACCAAGGAUAUAAAAAGUGUGCUGCUUUCUCUGGACAGUCCAUCCCCA